GUUCUCCACUUUGCAUUUCUCUAGGAUCAUAUUCCGAAUGAAGCCACAAUGCAACAAGCGGUUGGGCUACCAUCACCAAGCACAUUAAACAGUAGAUCACCUUUUAGCCAUCGGAGGGGACCAAGUGACAUUGAUGCACUUCGAGCUUCUCUUCAACCUUCGCCCUUCUCCCGCAAUCCUCUCCAAACACCGCCAGGUUUCAGGACGCAUCUGCCCAUGAGCCAAGCUUCGAGCAUUUCUUUGCAAUCUCCCAGCCUUCCAUCUGUGGUUCGCCAGCCAUCACAAAACACAAUCGGCCUUGCAGCUGGUAAUUUUGCAAAUCAGCGAAGUCUUGCUCAAGCUUCUCUGCCACCCCAGUUUUCAAGAUCGCUGUCCACUUCCGCGUCCAAUUUGCCGGCAUCUUGGGAGAACUCGAGAGUGGUCGGUACAGAUCGAUGGAGGAGCAUGACAGGGGGAACACCUUCACCACUUCAAAGGUCAGAUGGGCUUCCUGAGCUUCCAUCUGAGCAGAAUUGGAGACCAAUUGGUAGAAUGAGGGGCAGCUUGACUGGCAGUGAUUAUUCAGCUGUUAUAAGUAACUAUAUGCCCCCUUUGAACCAGACCGCUACAGGUAGGCCCUCAUCUUCUCUCUCAAACUCUGAUCAGUUUUCAGCAUUAAUUGCCAACAAUCUCUUGUCUCAUGGAGUACUGAAUCACCAAAUUAACCCUAGUCAGGAUAAUUUUAGCACUCAACAAGGAGAUACAAGGAUUUAACUCUAAACCCUACUGAAAGUAUCUGUUUUCACCUGUAGAUUCAUUGAUCGCUGUACAUUUACAUAUCUGCAGUGGCUCUAUAGUGAGUUGUUUUUUUAUUUUUUUACUUCUUUUUUAACUAUUCAAGUAGCUGAGUUACCGUAUAAUGUUGAGUGUGAUCAAAUAUGUUAAAAUGAUAGAUGUGUCCGUUCAUAA